AUGAAGGCUUUCAAAACAAAUGGGCUUUGCUUCGUCUUGCCGGCCCAACAUUCUCAAACGAAUCACACCAAAGGCACAGUUACAUCAAAUCCAACGCUGAUUAUGUUAGCGUGUAAUCCACGCACCAAUGCUCUUUUGGCAUGUUUCCAUUUAGUGUACAUUCGAGGAAUGGGCGCGUUGUUAGUCGGGACGCUUUGCGGGGGUUAUCUGAGAUCACAUAUAAAAAUGGUGAAGGGAGUUGCAGUUCUUAACAGCAGUGAGGGUGUUAGUGGCACCAUCCUCUUCGAACAAGAGACAGAAGGUGCUCCCACUACUGUAACUGGAAACCUUUUUGGCCUUAAACCUGGACCCCAUGGUUUUCAUGUUCAUGCACUUGGUGACACAACCAAUGGAUGCAUGUCAACUGGCCCUCAUUACAAUCCUCAUGGAAAGGAACAUGGUGCUCCAGAUGAUGAGGUUCGCCAUGCUGGUGAUCUUGGGAAUGUUACAGUAGGCGAAGAUGGUACUGCAAAAUUCACCAUUGUUGAUAAGCAGAUUCCACUAAUUGGAUCUCAAUCCAUCAUUGGAAGGGCUGUAGUUGUCCAUGCUGAUGCUGAUGAUCUUGGAAAGGGUGGCCAUGAGCUCAGCAAAAGCACUGGAAAUGCUGGUGGAAGGGUUGCAUGUGGUAUCAUUGGAUUACAAGCUUGAUUGUCUACUGCUCUCAUCUCUAUUCCAGGGAAUACUGAGGCUUUCUUUCUUGAAAAAAAAAACCAUAUAAAAAUUAGAUGUAUCUCCAUACUUUCUCUCUCUCUCUCUCUCUCUCUCUCUC